CACUUGUCAUUUCAACUAAGACUAAGGGCGUAAAUGGUACAACGGCCGGAACGCACAAGGCUGUAUUGUUUAUUUCGCUUACAGCCCACUUGUUACUAGGAUCUUUGACUAGGAAGUCUUAAACAUUCCACCAAUCCCAACCGUUAAAGUGGUGUACGUGCGAAGCGAACGUUCGACAAGUUUAGCCAUCUUGCAGUAGGUUAAGUGCAGAGGAGUGAAAUUGGUUGGCGAACGGUGACAAGCUUCUAUCAUCGACGAGAAAAAAGUGAUCCUUAUCAACAAUGUAACCCGAUAUCAAAAAUAUGAUUCAUUCUGAUAUGUAGACUGUAAGCAAUAUGGCGAGUCUGGCAGAUGUUUUCACUGAGAAAGAAAGGACGAACUGGCUGAAGGCAUGGCUAGCAGUAGAUAUUGCGAAGUCUGGCUUAGAACAGUUCGCAGAAAACGAGGCAAAAGCUGUACACACUAAUAUAUACAAGAAUGUCUUGUCAAGUGUUCCGGCGCCAGCUGCAUGUAAUCUUUGUAACACAGCAAACUUGCUGCAAUGCCCUACACAAGGGAUAUGCAAUAAAAGAGGCGUAAAGGGCUCAUGUAAGGUAAUGCAUAAUACCUCGGCAAACCAACCACGACCUUGUCCUAAUAACGUGUGCAAUAAAGUUCUUAACGAAAUUGAAAAACAACACAAAUAUGCGAUUCCUUCAUGGAAGAAUACCACGGCGACCCAAUGGGCAUCAACUCCUUGGCAAAUUGCCAAGGCGUAUUUACCUCCGGACGGAUAUUCUGGAAAGAGUUCAAUACAAGAUACAGACUUAAACGGAAUCAUCAGUUUUAUGAGGAACUGUAAGCACUUCGACACCAAGUUUUCGUUCCCAAUAGCUGCAGGAAAGAACAGUCCUCCCUGUCUUCUGACAAAGGCACGUGACAUUGGCAGGAUUGUUCGUCACUCGUCUCAGUGUAAACUCACAGACGCAGAUCUCCAGGAUAUCUUCACAACACUGACUAACCUGCUGUCUGACCCAACGUGUCUAGCACAAGACGUCGCAUAACAGGAAGCUGUAAAGAAAUUAGCAAAGCUGCAAAACGACGGAUUGAAGAUAACUACCCAUGAAAUGAUUAAUUUACUACAUGCUGUUCAAGAGAAACUAGAGAAAGUUGACACUAUAGCUGAGAAGACACUUGCCGAGAUACGGAUACACGCGGACAAAUGUAAACGAGAACUUGAUGAACACACUGAAAGACGUAAAAUGGCACUUGAUCAUGAAAGAAAUUACGGACAAUCCUGUGAAGGUACAUCUGACUUUAUAUUGCACUUUAAAUCAAAUGUCAGUCACAUACAGCUCAUAUUUUGGAACAAACUGUAUGUGUAUAUCGCAGUUAAUGUUUCACAAUUAAUGAUUUGUUGAAUUUUAGUAACUUCCUAAUAUAAUUCAUUUCAAAUGAUUUUUCUAAAACUAAUCGAAAAACAAAGCUCGGAAAUGAAAUGAAAAGAUGUAGUUAACAUAAUGGGAUUCCUUAAUUAGUAAAAUGGAUUUAUAAUAAUGAUACACUUAAGGCUUUGGCCAUUCGAGUACACUUGGAGACUUUUCUAGCGCAACUCGCAUUCAAAUCAAUAUAGAUCCUUUAUUUUUGAGCGGAUUUUGUUGAAUUUGGACUCCGAUUAAUUCAACACAUGUUUAAUAAUAUCAAUAAAUUUAUUUGAAAUCGAUCAACCAUAUAAUAUUAAACAUAAUAACAAAUUAAAAAUAUCAUUGACAAAGUAAAAUUCGCAAAUUGCACAUCGUUAAAUAAUAAUGUGAACUGUAAAACGCAUUAACUUACACGUCUUAAUGACCGACCGGCUUGUAAAAUUGCGCUCAUAUAAGUCAUAUUGUUGUUCUAAUUAAUGUUAUGUUUUCCUGGUGUAAAAUUCCACCUAGGAUGAUGAAAUUGAAAUUAAAUUCGAAUUAAAUAGCGCGCUGAACUACACUCGAUGACUUUUCGAACGCAGCAUUUUUCAAACUUAAAUACCUCAGUUAUGAGUAGAUAUUUUGAUUUAAAAUUGUACAUGUGAUCAUUUGACUACAGUACGUACAAGCAAACUAUGAAAUCAUCCGUGACGAUCGGAUGCUUUAGCAAUUGUGAAAGGUAGCCUACAACAUGCCGAGUGCGUUGUUGCGCUCCUGGAAUUUUAUACGAGACAUUUUGAUUUUAAAAUUGAUUUUAUAUUUUCCUGGUGUAUCAACCCACUUAAAAGGAAGAAAUUGAAAUAAAAUUUAGAAUCAUUUAACAUAAGCAUAUUACAUGAUGAUCUGGCAUUAAUGUGGCGUCAAGGGCGUUUAAAAGGUUGUAUUAUUUACGUUUAAUUCGUGUUCAAACUUUUAAUUUAAUUUCCGAUUUUCUAAGACGGUUGAAAAAAUACUACAAGAGAAAACAAAAAAUGCUACCUGUUUCGCCAAUAUGGUAUGGCCGUGAGAAAUCGAUUAUGGAUAUAUUUGUACCGAUUCAAUUAAAUCGAAUCGCAAUCGAGAAAAAUGGAUCUCGAAGAAAUACGGAACAAACCGUUGACACAUAUAAUGACAUGUUUUAUAAAGACAACACAUUGAGCGACCGAGUAUCCAUACAAGGAGAUCCUGGAAUGGGCAAGACUACGUUUCUUGCUAAAUUGGUCCUUGACUGGUGCGAUUCAGACUCAAAAGAACCGGAGCCAAGCUCUAAAUUCAGUGAUGUAGAAACAUUGCAGAGAUUCCGAUUUUUAUUCCACAUACAACUUCGGGACGCGGUUGGGCAAAGUAAAGUAUCAGACAUGAUCAAAACACAAAUUAUUGAUGAAAUUUUCUUUAAUGAAAACCAACAGGUGGAGGCAUACGAUUUACUAGGAAGCAUCAUGGAAAGGGAGACCUGUCUUGUAACUAUGGAUGGAUUAAACGAAUGGACCGAUCAAACAAAAGGCAACCCUAUACCGAAACUGUAUUCAUUAUCAAGACAAUGUAUUGUCUUAACAACUUCACGACCUUGGAAAAUGGCUGAUAAGCGUAUCAGAGAUUCUGAAAUCGGCACACUAAUAGAAGCGGUUGGAAUAACUGACACCGAACAGCUUACGCAAAAUAUGCUACGUUCUCUGACUGAAGACGAUCAAGUAUCAUAUAACGAAUUUAUGGCCUACGUAGAGGAACGUAAUUUAAACCAUUUUAUGGCGUCUCCUUGGAUGCUUACACUCCUAGUAAAUUUAUGGGUGGACAAAACGUUUUUAAGUGGAUCAUUAUGCGAAAUAAAUAAAGUUAUGAUAUACACCCUUUUAAACAAGGAGCUACCAAAUGAGGGAUCAACAGAACCCAUUUCAUCGGAAAAUGACGUUUUUGAGCACCACACAGAGAUUUGUAACGCACUAGCAAGGGUAGCAUUUAAUUACACAUUUGGCCCUGACAAGUCACUUGUAUUAAGCAAAAAUGAACUGUUAAGACCUGAAAUGUUGUCGAAAAAACAACUCGAGAUUGCCAUUAAAUCGGGGGUUUUGAAUGAACGGCAUUGCAUUUCAGCGGCUUCAUGCAAAUCACAUGUUUUAUUUGUACAUGAAACGAUUCAGGAGUUCUUUGCUGCUUCUCAUAUUGCUUAUUUAUCAGAGGAAAAAAAUACGGAUGUGUUUAGCGAAAGAAAUUAUAAUGUGCUGGAAAUCAGUCAGGUUAUCAUUUAUCUCAGUGGACUAAAGUAUUGGAACUGUUUGAAAUAUUACGUAAUACAAGUAUAGGGAUCCUAGACCUGAGAACGGCUGAUAAUGCCUCGUUAGCAUCAGAGAUUCUUCACACGCUCAACAAGCUAACAAAGCUUUAUUUGAGGGGGACCUAUACGGGUCGUUGUGAUCUCAAGAUGCCUGCUUCAUUGCAGUGUAUUAGUCUGCAGAGUGUCGAAUGUUCAUCUGAGUGGCUGUGCAGUUUGUGGAUCACGCUGUGUUCAUUAGAUCAUCAGGUCGAGUGUGAGCUGUGGAAUGUUGUAUUGAAGUCAAAUGAAGAAGCCCGUGGAAACGAAUCACAUUCAUAUUUAUUAGACUUGCGAUCUGAAUUACUGGCACAUGACAUGUCCAAUAUUGAGAUAUUAGUGGAAACUGGCAGUAAGGAACUGUUUGAAAUAUUACGUGAUACAAGUAUAGGGAUCCUUAAUCUGCCAACGGCUUAUAGUUCCUCGUUAGCAUCCGAGAUUCUUCACACGCUUAACAAGCUAACAAAGCUUUAUUUGAGGGGGACCUAUACUGGUCGUUGUGAUCUCAAGAUGCCUGCUUCAUUGAAGUGUAUUAGUCUGUCGGAAGUCACAUGUUCACCUGAGUGGCUGUGCAGCUUGUUGAUCACGCUGUGUUCAUUAGAUCAUAAGGUCAAGUGUGAGCUGUGGGAUGUUGUAUUGAAGUCAAAUGAAGAAGCCAGUGGAGACGAAUCACAUACACAAUUAUCUGACAUGAGAUCUGAAAUAAUGUCAAAAGAUAUGUCCAAUCUUAAGAUACUAGUUGACAAGGUCAGUCAGGAACUGUUUGAAAUAUUACGUAAUACAAGUAUAGGGAUCCUAGACCUGAGAACGGCUGAUAAUGCCUCGUUAGCAUCAGAGAUUCUUCACACGCUCAACAAGCUAACAAAGCUUUAUUUGAGGGGGACCUAUACGGGUCGUUGUGAUCUCAAGAUGCCUGCUUCAUUGCAGUGUAUUAGUCUGCAGAGUGUCGAAUGUUCAUCUGAGUGGCUGUGCAGUUUGUGGAUCACGCUGUGUUCAUUAGAUCAUCAGGUCGAGUGUGAGCUGUGGAAUGUUGUAUUGAAGUCAAAUGAAGAAGCCCGUGGAAACGAAUCACAUUCAUAUUUAUUAGACUUGCGAUCUGAAUUACUGGCACAUGACAUGUCCAAUAUUGAGAUAUUAGUGGAAACUGGCAGUAAGGAACUGUUUGAAAUAUUACGUGAUACAAGUAUAGGGAUCCUUAAUCUGCCAACGGCUUAUAGUUCCUCGUUAGCAUCCGAGAUUCUUCACACGCUCAACAAGCUAACAAAGCUUUAUUUGAGGGGGACCUAUACUGGUCGUUGUGAUCUCAAGAUGCCUGCUUCAUUGAAGUAUAUUAGUCUGUCGGAAGUCACAUGUUCACCUGAGUGGCUGUGCAGCUUGUUGAUCACGCUGUGUUCAUUAGAUCAUAAGGUCAAGUGUGAGCUGUGGGAUGUUGUAUUGAAGUCAAAUGAAGAAGCCAGUGGAGACGAAUCACAUACACAAUUAUCUGACCUGAGAUCUGAAAUAAUGUCAAAAGAUAUGUCCAAUCUUAAGAUACUAGUUGACAAGGUCAGUCAGGAACUGUUUGAAAUAUUACGUAAUACAAGUAUAGGGAUCCUAGACCUGAGAACGGCUGAUAAUGCCUCGUUAGCAUCAGAGAUUCUUCACACGCUCAACAAGCUAACAAAGCUUUAUUUGAGGGGGACCUAUACGGGUCGUUGUGAUCUCAAGAUGCCUGCUUCAUUGCAGUGUAUUAGUCUGCAGAGUGUCGAAUGUUCAUCUGAGUGGCUGUGCAGUUUGUGGAUCACGCUGUGUUCAUUAGAUCAUCAGGUCGAGUGUGAGCUGUGGAAUGUUGUAUUGAAGUCAAAUGAAGAAGCCCGUGGAAACGAAUCACAUUCAUAUUUAUUAGACUUGCGAUCUGAAUUACUGGCACAUGACAUGUCCAAUAUUGAGAUAUUAGUGGAAACUGGCAGUAAGGAACUGUUUGAAAUAUUACGUGAUACAAGUAUAGGGAUCCUUAAUCUGCCAACGGCUUAUAGUUCCUCGUUAGCAUCCGAGAUUCUUCACACGCUCAACAAGCUAACAAAGCUUUAUUUGAGGGGGACCUAUACUGGUCGUUGUGAUCUCAAGAUGCCUGCUUCAUUGCAGUGUAUUAGUCUGCAGAGUGUCGAAUGUUCAUCUGAGUGGCUGUGCAGUUUGUGGAUCACGCUCUCUUCAUUAGAUCAUCAGGUCGAGUGUGAUCUGUGGGGUGUUGUAUUGAAGUCAAAUGAAGAAGCCAGUGGAAACGAAUCACAUUCAUAUUUAUUAGACUUGCGAUCUGAAUUACUGGCACAUGACAUGUCCAAUAUUGAGAAAUUAGUGGAAACUGGCAGUAAGGAACUGUUUGAAAUGUUACGUGAUACAAGUAUAGGGAUCCUUAACCUGCCAACGGCUGAUAAUGCCUCAUUAGCAGCAGAUAUUCUUCACACGCUCAACAAGCUAACAAAGCUUUAUUUGUGGGGGACCUAUACGGGUCGUUGUGAUCUCAAGAUGCCUGCUUCAUUGCAGUGUAUUAGUCUGCCGGAAGUCACAUGUUCACCUGAGUGGCUGUGCAGCUUGUUGAUCACGCUGUGUUCAUUAGAUCAUAAGGUCAAGUGUGAGCUGUGGGAUGUUGUAUUGAAGUCAAAUGAAGAAGCCCGUGAAAACGAAUCACAUUCAUAUUUAUUAGACGUGCGAUCUGAAUUACUGGCACAUGACAUGUCCAAUAUUAAGAUAUUAGUAAAAACAGGCAGUAAGGAACUGUUUGAAAUAUUACGUGAUACAAGUAUAGGGAUCCUAAACCUGAGAACGGCUGAUAAUGCCUCGUUAGCAUCAGAUAUUCUUCACACGCUCAACAAGCUAACAAAGCUUUAUUUGAGGGAGACCUAUACGGGUCGUUGUGAUCUCAAGAUGCCUGCUUCAUUGAAGUGUAUUAGUCUGCAGAGUGUCGAAUGUUCAUCUGAGUGGCUGUGCAGUUUGUGGAUCACGCUCUCUUCAUUAGAUCAUAAGGUCGAGUGUGAGCUGUGGAAUGCUGUAUUGAAGUCAAAUGAAGAAGCCAGUGGAAACGAAUCACAUUCAUAUUUAUUAGACUUGCGAUCUGAAUUACUGGCACAUGACAUGUCCAAUAUUAAGAUAUUAGUGACAACUGGCAGUAAGGAACUGAUUGAAAUAUUACGUGAUACAAGUAUAGGGAUCCUUAAUCUUCCAACGGCUGAUAGUGCCUCGUUAGCAUCCGAGAUUCUUCACACGCUCAACAAGCUAACAAAGCUUUAUUUGAUGGGGACUUAUACGGGUCGUUGUGAUCUCAAGCUGCCCUCUUCAUUGCAGUGUAUUAGUCUGCGGAAUGGUGAGUGUUCACCUGAGUGGUUGGGCAGCUUUUUUAUCACGCUGUCGGAAGUAUAUCAUCAAGUUGAGUGUACAAUGUUUGAUUUUCGUGUAAAAACAAGUGAUACAGGAAGUGGUAUUGAGUCAGGCAUAACUGUUAUUCGUAGUGAAUUGUUGUCAUGUGACUUAUCUCAUGUUAAACUAUACGUUGAAAACGAUAGUAGAAUCCCGUUCGAACUUGUUCGUGGUACGAAUAUAGAUUCUCUGUUACUCACAAGUAAUGACUAUGCUUCCCUGGAUUUGGUGACACAAAGCUCCUUAACCAUGCUUAAAGAAAUUCGUUUCAAGGGAAUUCACAUGACACGUUUUCAUCACAAAUUACCAUCUACUCUGCAAUUUAUGAUUUUAUGUGAUGGAUAUUGUUCACCAGAUUGGUUGAAAAGUUUGAUGAUACACCUGUCUACAUUAGACCAUACUGUCCGUUUGUACUUGUACGAAUAUGCUCUGGUAUCGAGUGGUGAGUCAAAUGCCAUGGUUUUGGAACCGCCUAUUUUGAAAUGUGAAGAUUUGUCGAAUGUUAAAUUGGAGUUAAUGAAGGACUCCCCUGGAUUGUAUGAAACGUUACCCACAAUUAAUAUUACCAGUCUGAACAUGACGCAAAUCGAACAUCCCAACAUUCUGUCACAGACACUGCCUCUACUCACCCACUUGCAGCAGCUAAGGAUGUGUUUAAAACAAUAUACGGUGAUGCAACUACCAGGAUCUAUAAAGUAUGUGUUUAUAAUUUACACAACAUUUUCCCCUUCAUCGUUACAACAUUUCGUGCAGGACAUGUAUACCGCACAACAUAACGUACAAUGUAAAUUGCUGUUCCGUGUUGAAGGGAAUGAAGAUGAUUAUACGAGAAUUAAACACGAAGUGUGUAAACUGGAGUCAGUAGAAAUGCAAAAGUUUGAAGUUGUAGACAAACGACAUUUUCGGGGGGCUGUUGCUGCUGCUGCUACUCUUUCUGCUACCGCUGACGAGGCUGAUGACGAUUUUGAUAAGCAUUUACUACGGAGAGAGGGAUAUGUUGAUUCUCGAACGUGGUUGCACUAUUGUAAAAUUCGACUCAAAUUUGAAUUUAGAUAACAUUAAUUCCGCUUGAUUAACUCGUGUUCCUUUAAUAUUAUUUUGUCCGUCUGUGUAUGUGACCGAUUUCAUUAAAUAUUAUAGGGAGUCUAUUCUUACAAUUUAUGCCUAAAUGUUGAGUUAUCGCAUUAACUGAUUUUAUGCAAAUAGAAUCAAUAUGUUCUCAGAGAUAUAUAAUUUAAAAGUUUCUGUGUUAUCUCCCUUUGAAUAACGCAUUUUCUAUACAUUAAGGUAUAUAUUUAUAUGCAAUUGAAACACAUUUCGGAAAAUAAAUUUUAAAACGAUCAGAUACGUUAACCCUAAUAUAAAUACAUUAUUAUUUAUCUAAAAAUGAAGACUGAAACUAAAUUUUCACUAUUUUGAUUUAAUGAUAUAAACCUAUACCAUGCUCGGCAUAUUUCUGUAAAGAGAAACAUUUCAGCCGUUAUAUGUACAUCUUAAGAAAUAACACACCCUAUUAUUAAGAGUAAUUAGAUAUGCAUUCUACUGGAAAUAGCUUAGAUUUACACUGUCAGAAAAUGCUUUUUAAUGAAUUAAUGAACAGCGCUUUUAUAAGAAGGCAAACCCGUGGAAUUUUAAAUAUCGGAUAGUAUGUGGUUCGUAGUACUCAUAAUGUACUAAAAUGUCAAGUACGCUAUGCAAAUACAUGUUUCAAAUCUUGAACACAGGCUCGAUAUUUUUAUUCAUAUAUAGUCAAAACAACUUGGGCUAGAUUGAACUUUACCGGUACGCAGUUGUUUACCACUAUCGACCAAUAUCGGGGGCUGUAGCCCCCGAUACUAAGGAAAUAUGUAUGAUAAAAAGGUGUUGUGUUAGGUAUUAGGUGUUAGGUGUCGCUCGCUUAGUAACGAUAAUUUUAUACGCUUUUCCAUUCUUGUUUACGUACCGGUAAAGCUAUAUCGUCCCACAACUUGCAUUUUUUUUCCAAAAAAAUACGUACCUUAUGCAACUAGAUAUUAAACAAAACUAAGAUGUGCAAAUGGUAACGCAGAAACAUGACAAAGUCUUUCCAAAUUGACAAACAUAAACAAGAGGCAUUGGUGAUUCGUACAAUGUAUUGAACACGCCAUGAUGAGUAUCCGGGCCGUCCGAAUAAUGUGAACGACUAUUGCGUAGUUGUGGCGAUUUAGGGCGUUAUCGGGAAGUCUAAGGGACCGCCCCGCUCCUAAGAUGACGUCACACGGCGCGUCAGAUGUCCGUUCUGUUCAUUUACGUCAUCCCUCCGAACGUAUCAGUGACUAAUCUGCUUUUAUGAUAACGUCAAUUCUUGUAUCUUAAGAUUCUGCUUUUUUACACCAUGACGGCUCCUAUACUUACCCAUGAUUCAGUGGACUUAAACGUUUGUUAUUGCGCUAUUUUGUUCCUGAUAUUGGAUUGACAAAUACUAGUGUGCCGUUAUUAUUUGCCCGUAAUGCUAUGCUGUAUCGAAAUAAUUUCGAAAGUCAUACUCAUAAUACAUAAUAUUCUCUUACAGCCGUCUUCUGUAGACAUGUACGUAUUAAAUAAAUUUAAUCAGUUAGUAUGACGUCAUUGUGAACAGGAGCUGUUUGUAAUAAAUCAUUGCCUGCCUUGAUCAAUAUGUUGAUAACUCAUACUUAUUGAUGAAGAAACAUAACACUAUUGUACAUAAAUUACGAAUGUAUAUUUUGUCAUCUUUUUAACAAUUAAAUAUGUAUAAUACGCUUGAUAAAAUUAAUAUCAAAUAAAAAUAUGUAAUAUAUAGUGUAAUAACAGUUUCCAUUUGUAAAUUGUUUCGUACACAUGUUCAUUAAUAGCCUUUAACUUUGUGAAAUAGUAUGUUUUUUGUAUAGAAAUUCGUUUAAACAAUUGAUGUUUUUAUCUGUAUGUGUUUUUGUUUAUCUCGAUUGGUCAUUAUUGAUCUGACUUCAUGAUAUAAGUUAAACUACCGUGUAUCAUCUCACAACCGUUCACAUCUGGAAUAUUCAUGAAAAUUCGUUGUAAAUACUGUGUAUACAUUGUACAUAAAAUCUGAAUCCAUCAAUUUAAAUAGUAUGUUCACAACUUUAAAAUUUCUUUAUGAUGAUUCGUAUCUUUCAAGUGAGCAAACAUGGUUCUGAAUACAGUACACUGCCUCUUAAACAGUGGCCUCAGUGGUUUUAUUUAUCCGCAUCUAGCCAUACCAUCUAGAAUGCCCGAACGACGAGCUUUGUACAUUAGAAUCGUUAAAGCGCUAUAUGAAUUUAAGUAAUACUGUAUCAUGUAAAACUAAUUUUAAGUCAGUUUAAUUGAAGGCGACCUUCUUUUUGAUGCUAAAGCAUUUUAGUUAUGAUUAGUAUGUACAUAUAACAUUAAUUUUUCAGUUUGUUUCCGUUAUUUGACAUCAAAUAAAUGCAUGUUGAUUAAUAGAUAUAAAUUUUAAUAAAAUGUCUUUUAAUUUAGAACAUAUGUGCACGCUCAGUUUAUUGUGUGUACAUAUGCAAUUGUUUUAUUAUUAUUGCCUUGCUACAGGUGUUUAUAUAGUGUGCACUAUAAUAGUUGAUUAGUAAAAAUAUGAUAUUGUACCGUGACAUUGUAUCGUUAUUCAACAUUGCCACUAAGGAGGUCUUUAACAAUAAUGAAGUUUCAUCUUUAUUGUUUAACAUGUUGUUAGUAUAGUACAUGGACUGUAUCUUGUAUAAUGUUUUGCGUUUAAAUCUAGUGUCAGCAAAUAGUAUUUCAAAUUGUCAAAUAAACCAUUUUGCUAUAUGAACCGAAAGUUUAUCUGACGUGCACCAGUAUAUAUAUUAAAUAUCAGUUGUUGUUUUUUAUUGUCCAUAACUCAUUAAGUUUUAAUAGUGUAUGUGUAAAUAGUAUUUCUACUUGUAUGACAUUUAUGUAAUUUAUUGUACAAUACCCGAUGUCGAUGUAUUGGAUGUGCGCUUUACUUAGAAAAGUAAAGUUUUCUUUAUUUGUAGUUAGCUUAUGCUACAAUGAUGGAUAUCAACAAUGUGAAUCGUUUUGUAUUUAAGAAUUCUAAUAUAUGUGCAUGUAUUUUUGUGAGUAAUAUAUACUUUUUGUAUAAAUUAGUAAUCUUUAAGGGGCCUUUUCACGUUUUGGUAAAUUGACAACAUUAAAAAAAUGUUUCAGAUUUGCAAAUUUUGGAUGUAGAUAUGCUAUUUGUGAGGAAACAGUUUUUACUGAAAUUUGUCAUGCUCUAAAAUAUCAAUGAUAUGCAUUUGUUGACGAUUUAAACCAUGACAAUUAUAAAGCGUAGCAACGCGAAAUGUUUGAAUAAUUCAAAGAGUUCUAUUGUCGUCGUUAUAUUUUGUGAUACUACGAGGAUUGCUUAUAUAAAGUAUACAAUACAUCACUCAUUAUAUGAGUACACAAUGCUUACAUUUAACAGUAAAAGCAUUAAAGGACAAACUUAAAAACAUGCCAAAAUCUGUGAAAAGGCUCCUUUAGCGUUUGAUAUCUAUGUUCAAGUAUGUGCUUGCAUAUUACAUUACGCCAUAUAGAACUGCAACUUUAACACUGUGGAAUAAAAUCUGUAUUUAAAUGUCUACAUGUACAAUACAGUCGAUUGGUGAAUAGCGGAUUUUAGUGAGUAACGGAUAGCUUAAACGUUUUUUGCAAAAUACUUUAAUUUAUGUUAAGAUUUAUAGUUUUCUAUUAAUUGAAUACAAAAAGCCUAUCAUUGUUAAGUCGAUUCAUGUUUUUGUUGAUGUGUGUCAAUGUUUACGCACCGUUUUUGUGACGACAGGAAAAGUGCAGACGAAUGGUUUCUUGAAUUUUGCAGAUUUUGUUUGGUAAACAUAUUGUUCAUUGAUGUAAUAUUUUAGUAUUAUGUGUCCUUUACAAAAGUAAGAAUGCUCAGAAACCAAAUUGAUGCGUACCAUAUAAAAUAAGCAUGAAAGCUGCAACUCGGGAUUUUGUGAAUAACGGACAUGUGGUGACCCAUCUUCAGGAAUGUGGGGAUUGUCUCAAAAUAAAUAUAAACUCAAUUGAAGUUGUCCAUGUGGUAAGCGUGUGGCUAUGAUAUUAACAAGUAAAAACAUCAUUUUUAAUGAAAAACAAUCAAAUUAUAACGAAAAAUCGAUUUCUCUGAAAACAUAUUUUCCGCUAUCAAAUCUAUAUAUAGAUUCAACUCAAAAUGACCCGAAUAUAGGGUGCAUCGCUUUGAACAGCAAUUACUUCAUCAAUUGUGCAGCGAUUUCCAUGAAUUUGAUCUUAUUAAACGCAUAAAUGAAUUUCCUUUCUGGAAAUGUACAUAUAUUGCAAUUAUUUUUUACGAAUGCUGUGUCAAAUUUCAAGAAAUAACACGAUACACAUGUAAUCCGAUAAAGACCUAAGCGAUCCGGUAAUGGCUGAAUCAGUGUACCAUGAAAUUUGCGCUGUAAACAAAUAAUAUUUUUCGGAAAUUUAAAACCGCUGGCAUGUUUCAAUAGGAAAGACAUGUGUCUAUCUAGGUUUAAUGGUUUAAUUACUGAAUGCAUGGUGUUUACGUUGAAAUGAGACUCGAAGUCCUUAGCUAUCCGUUAUACACCAAUCGACUGUAGUAAAUUCGUUUGCUCUCGUAUAAUACCGUUUAAAUAAAAAUAUGUUUUUAACUUGUAAAGAUCGUUGGUGUGAUGUAUUACUGGAAGGUUGGAUGUACAUACAAUAAUACACUUAUGAAUGAGAUCAUUCUAAAAUAUUAAAGAAUGCAUCUUUUUUUUUGUGCAGAUAAAGGUAUGGUCAAUAAUAAAACUCUUCAAUUCGUAAAAAAAUAUAAGCUAUCUUACAAAUAUGUUUACUAGUAUUUUAAAAUUGUUUUUAAAACACACCAUAGCGUAUAUUGUAUCUAAGUGCGUUGACUAGGGACAGACAGACAGGAAAGUCUGUGAUAUACAAAGGUUGCAUUUAAUAGUAGUUUAUUUCUUCGUCUUCAGUAAGAUUAGUUUUAUGUUGGUAGUUUAUAGAACACAGUGACUUCAAAGGGUGUACACAUACGUUUGUCCACAUACAAACCUGUAUGUUCAUAAGUUAGUUUAGCCCCUGACGGAAGUUCGUGUUGAACUCUCGUUUAUAUUUUAACAUACAUUUGUAUGUGCGCUAUGUUCAACUGUUACAUUAUUGUUUUAUUAUAAAGCGUGACUAUGUUAUGUUUGUCAUUUGUGCUAUAUGUAUAUUAUUUGUUUGUGCAACGUGUGUAUCGUAAGAAUUUUAAAACAUCGCCCUAUUACAGUCAAUGUACCUACAAUGUAAUAUCAUAUUAUUAAAGCGCUGUUUUAUAGAAGUAUUAGAUGCAUUGAUAUGCGUAAUAAUUCAUCAUCACAUGCCUCAAAAAGGUAUAAGAAGUUAAAUUCGUGUAAUAUAUCCAAUUUUCUAUAAUUACCGUCAAUUAAACCGUUUUUCAAGUUUGGGCGUACGACUACAAAAAUUCAGUUUAAUACAAAAUAGUCAUAAUCCGUAAAACUGGUAUCAAAAUGCGUUUAUUUUUCUCGUUAAUCCUUAUUAAUAACCUUUAAAGGUAAUCUAUUAAUGUAACAAUAUCUACCAACUAAGUCUUGCCUACACAAUAUUUAUGUUCACAAGAGUGAAAUUUUUGAAUGAAUUUCCCGAUAAUAAUUGGGAAAACAAAAUGCGGAUUUUUACUUUGGAAGUUCUGAGAAUCCUGAAUUGGUUGGUAUUAUUUUUUUAAACUAAGAUUUAAAGCGAGAUUAUACUAUAUUUAUAUGUAUUGAAUUGUAAUAUGUUGAUCAAAAUAUGUUACAAUAACACACAAUAGGCAAGAACAAUUAUACAUUGAAGACGAAUUUCAUAAAAUGCAGCGAAGACUAAUAAGCGCCCCGAGCCGAUUGUGACGAAGAUAUUUCGUACAUAUUUUCCUACUAUAACCGAAGCGUUCGUCUUUUUAUUAGGAUCGGAGUUAGUGUUCGUGUGUCGUAUGAACAUAUAUCGUUGCAGGUAAUUAAAAUGAUCCGUAAAACUACAUUUAAUUCACAUUGUACAUGCAUGAUAUACAUGCCGGCAAAUUCGACAGUACAGACAUUUUCGAUUGUAGAAUUUAAUAUUUGGCUUAUGUCGCAUUUUUCGACACAUGUUCUUAUUAACUUUUAUUUUAAUUUAUAUUUAAAUAUAUGUAUAAUAAGUUUUUACACAUUUUAUAUAAAUUCAUAAAUAUUUGACAAAAUCGUAUAAUCUCACUUUAAGGUAAAGAAUACCCUAACAAAUGACAUAUCUGAAAAAGCACACACAUACAUUGGUUGAACUAGUAGAAUAUUAAUUACAUACUGUCUUGGCUUAUACCUGUUUUAAUUUUAUAUUUUCAUUAAAACAUACUUUAUUGAGUUGUUUACUUUUCUACUGUUUUUUUUUUAAUAAACUUGUCUUUGAAAAACAUUUUCUCAUUGUAAUGUGUAACUUCUUAUCAUUAUUUGUUAGAAAACAAAGUAAUCUUUACAGUUAUUAAAAUAUAUUAUUAUUAUUGCUGUCGUAAUUGUUUAUUUUAGGAUUAUUAGUUUUUUAUGACCCAAUGCUUUGUCAGGUUAUGCCGUAAGUUAAAUAUUUGCCAUGCGCUCAUGUUGUGUUGCAUGGUAUAAUUGAAAUAUCAUUUGAUAUUUUACUAUGGAAUACUUAUCAAUGAAUACAAUAAUUAUAUAAACGAAAUAUAAAUGUGUAAUUUGUCA